AUGAUUAAGGAAGGUCAAUUGCCAAUGGAUGAUCAAAACAAGAGAGCCAAGAUUUUAGAAAUUGACUUUGAAUGGGAUCCUAGCAUAACAAAGAGAAUUUGGAGUUUUGGACCUGAAGCUGAUAAGGGUAGUAACAUUUUGGUUAAUGCAACCAAGUCAGUUGACUAUAUUAAUGAAAUUCAACAAUAUGUUGUCACUAGUUUCCAACAAAGCAGUUCUUCAGGAGGUUUAUGUGAUGAAGCAAUGAGAGGUGUUUUAUUCAAAUUUAAUGAUUGUAAUCUUCAUGCAGAUUCUAUCCAUCGUGGAGCUGGUCAAAUUCUCCAAGCAACAUCACGUGUCAUGACUGCUAGUCAAUUGAGAGCUGAUCCAAAGUUAGUUGAACCAAUGUAUCUUGUUGAAGUUCAAUGUCCUCAAUCAGUGAUGGGUUCUGUCUAUAGUGUCAUUUCCAAUAGAAGAGGUGUUAUCAAAUCUACUGAAAUGGUAAUUGGUACUCCUCUCGUUAGUAUUACAGGUAAUUUACCUGUGCUGGAAAGUUUCGGUUUAACAGAAGAGUUGAGAGGUGUGACUCAAGGACAAGCUUUCCCUCAAUGCAGUUUCAGUCAUUGGAAAGUUAUGGAAGACAAUGUUUAUGAUCCUCAAUCUAAAGUUCACAAGCUCAUCAAAUCUAUCAGAAAGAGAAAGGGUCUUAAGGAAGAUAUACCACUCUACACAGAUUACUGUGAUGCAAUGCCUAAACAAUAA